GACCUCGGACGGCAACAGUACACAGGGAGAGCUGUCCGACUCCGAGGCGACUUUAAACAGCAAUUUCACCUUUAACUCUUAAACGACGUGGGGUUUGGACAUUUAAAGAGCCCCGCAAUCGGCAACAAUUAUCGUUUUGGUAAUUUGCAGUGGUGCAUCUGAAUGACCCUGGAUGUUUGCUCCUGGGAGAGAGAUGGAAAACAGCUCUUACACACUGCCACCCUCGUCACCAUGUCCGACCUCUUUUGGAGCAUCCCAUCCUUUCUCCUCCUCGCCGCAGCAGACCUGCUCAACUGGCCGAAUUUCACUCCCACUUUCCCCUAUUUCAUUCCCACCGUCCCCUAACUCACUUUCCCCAGCGACAGCAGAGUCUUUACACUCUUCCCCGCCUCUUUCCCUCUGUCUCAGUGUCUCGGGGUCUCAGUGCUUCGAAGUACAGAACAUACAGUGCCUCAGCCCGGCGAACAUAUCAGACCAGGAUGACCUGACCUGCCUCAACUGGCUGCAUCAGAGGGGUAACUUGCUACCCCUGCAGCCCCUUCCCAAAAUGGCACCACUGCCUCAGCUAGAGUCCUCCACAGCUACACAACCUCUUCCUUCUGCCUCGUCCAAGCCACCGUAUUCAUUCAGUAGUCUGAUUUUCAUGGCGAUAGAAGACUCACCUGACAGGAGGCUUCCAGUGAAGGACAUCUACGAUUGGAUUGUGAACAAUUUCCCCUACUACAGGACAGCCUCUGGAGGCUGGAGGAACUCUGUUAGACACAACCUGUCCCUGAGCAAGAGCUUCCGACGCAUUCAGAGGGACAAAAGCCAGUCGGUGGGGAAGGGAUCGCUGUGGUGCGUGUGUCCAGAGUAUCGGUCGGCACUCAUUGAGGUGUUGAGGAAGACCCACAGUUAUCACAGCAACAACAUUUAUCUGUUAAACAAGCCUGCACUGUUGGAAGGAGCUGAAUUUGGGGUGCCGGCAGUGUGCGACUCUAUGGAAAUGUCAGAUCCUCUCUCUCACACCCUCCUCCUCUCCACACCCUCGCCUCAAAUCCUGACUGCAGAUAACCCAACGUUCUCUGAAAACCCAUCGUGCCCUUUGACCCCGGAUCACGAGGAGCUUGUCACCAUGGAGUCGGUUGAAUACCAGCAGGGGGAGGUCAGCGAGGACAUGGAGAUGGAGAUGGAGAAGGACCCCCUGUCAGACAGCGGCUACAUCGAGUUACACUAUUACCAGUCUCACCAGUACCAGUAUCUGGUGCUGCCAGGUGACACAGAGCUGGACCUGGAGACUGUGGAGAUCCUCCAGCUCGAUGCCGAGGCCCAGGAGGCCCAGGAGGCUGCUGGGUCACUGCUGGACCUGGCAGGUGGCGGGUAUUAAUGUUACAUCCUACUUAUCAGUCACAAAUGAUGCAAUGAUUCGAUCUAUUGCAAACAAAUACUCAGACAAAGCAACAUAAAUGAAGAUUUAUGUUUUAAAGGCUGUGGUGCAGAGCCCCUGUAAGGUGGUCGUCUUUUAUCUUAUGCACACAAUUUAUUAUCCUGCAGGAAUAAGUUAUUUAUCUUGUGCACACAAGAUAAUUAUGUUAUGGGAACAAGUUGUUACAGUGUGUAGAAAUCCUGCAAGCAGGUCUAUCUGGUGGUGCACAGUACUAUAUCACACGGCCUCUAAAUGGUCACAGUUCGGUUAGGCUUAGGGACCAAAACUACUUAGUUAAGUUUAGGAAAAUAUUUUAGUAACGAUAAGAGGGCAUAAUGUGGGUUUGUCGUGUAGCCUGCAAGACUGCCGUUAGACCAUCUUCUUAUCUUGUGCAAACAAUCUUGUGGUAACAAGUUAUUAUCUUGUACGAACAGAUAACAGCUCAUGUCAAAUAAGAUGAUUAUGUAAAUUGUGUGCACAAGAUCAAAAAUAUCACCUUAUGGGACUUUAUUGGUUUCAUGCUGCAGUGACAAUAGUUGGAGAGAUGAUGUUUGGCAAAUUGGGUGCUUCUUCCAGAGACUUUGACACUGCCCCAAGGCCUGUUUUGAAAUUAGGUUUAAAAAAAAAGAAAAGAUCACAUUUUUGAUGGACCAACAAGACUAUGGAACACAUUACUUCAUAUGUGUUCAGGCACUUUCAAUGCAGAAGCUGAAUUUACCACCAUAUAUACUAUAAAAUGACAACCUGGACAAAGACUUGAGAGUACAAAGUGAAAAACAUGGACAAAAUUAUUCUCUGAGAUUUUAAAAUUGAUGGGAAAGUAUUAACUGAGUAUGAUUUUCAUUACAAUACAUUUUUAGGCUUUACACUGUGUUUUUUUAACACGUUAAGUUCAUUCUCAGGGCUGGAAGGAGUGCUUACAACUUAAGUAGAAGCGCUGCUUCUAGAUUAAGAUGUUUCCCAGGUUAAAGUAAAUGUAGGCUGUAUAAGUGUUGAAACGUGCACAAGAAAAAUACUAAAAUAGCUCUUGACUCACAUCCGCACAAUUACCAUUUCAUCAUGAAUAUUUCUUUAUAAGAAGAUUUUAAUAGAGUCGACUUAAGUAGAAUAUCAUGGCCCCUAACACUGUUACAGUAACCUGUUCUAACAAUACUGCCUUUCUAAAAGUAGUUGAAUAUAAUACUUAAUUUAAAAAAAUAAUUCAUAAUGUAGUUGCAAUUCUAGAUUGUGCACAGAAAGUUGGAAAGCACUAUUCUAUAACAAUAAAAUAAGUAUUUCCAAUUUUAUUUCUAAUUAAUUGUUUUAUACACAUAUUCUUUCUUCAGAUUAUGUUUGCUAGAGUUGAUUUUAUGUACAUGAUGUUAUGUUACUGAAUGUCAUUUAGUUAUCUGUGAUUUUGAAAACCUAGAUAUGACCUGUAAACUAUGCUAAGCAGUCCUCAAUCAGGAAUAUUUUGAUUGGAAUUUUGAGUUGAAAUGCAAAAUGAACUCACUGCCAUUUAAACCUCUACAUUUCAGGGUACACUGAAUUACUGUUUGUAAAUUGUAUGCAUUUUCAGAAACUUUAGAUUGUUUUUUAAUCUAACAAAUAAAAUAUGUCACGCUGUU